AUGUCUUCAAACACAAUGCUUCAGAAAAUGCUGCUGGUGUUGAUAUCUCUUUUAGUCAUUGCCUGGAUAAUGUCUACAAUUUCUCAAAACUCCACAAAGCUUUGGUCUGCUAUAUAUGUACCCAUCAGCUUAAGUCCCUGGAAUAUCUCCACAAACUCUUUGUGUUCUGAACUAAAGAUGAGCCCUGUAAAGACACCAACAGAAACUGAGCUGAGAAUAAGGAAGAUUCUAAAAACACUAAACCAGAUGAUCCCGCCCAGACCUUUCACCCAUGUGAACAGCACCACCAGUGCCACACACAGCACAGUCACCAUCCUCAACCCUAGAGACACAUACUGCAGGGGGGACCAGUUGGACAUCCUGCUGGAAGCCAGGGACCACUUGGGACACAGAAAGGAAUAUGGAGGGGACUUUUUGAGGGCCAGGAUGUCCUCCCCAGCCUUGAAGGCAGGCGCCUCAGGAAAGGUGACUGACUUCAACAAUGGCACCUACCUUGUCAGCUUCACUCUGUUCUGGGAGGGCCAAGUCUCCCUGUCUCUCCUGCUCAUCCACCCCAGUGAAGGGGUGUCGGCUCUCUGGAGGGCAAGGAACCAAGGCUAUGAUAAAAUUAUUUUCAAAGGUAAAUUUGUUAAUGGCACCUCCCAAGUCUUCACUGAAUGUGGCCUGACCCUAAACUCUAGCAGUGAACUAUGUACCUACCUGUAUGGGAGAGACCAGGAAGCCUUCUACUGCAUGAAGCCUCACCACAUGCCCUGUGAGGCUUUGACCCAUAUGACCACCAUGAACCGAGAAAUUUCUUAUCUUUCUGUCAAGGAAAAAAGCCUUUUCCAUAAGUCCAAAGUUGGAGUUGAAAUGAUGAAAAACCUUAAAAAUAUUGGUGUCUCCCAUUGCAACAAGAGUGAAAAGAGCACAGAGAAAUGCCAAACUGGAAUGAAGAUUCCCGUCCCUGGUGGAUACACUUUACAAGGAAGGUGGAUGACAACAUUUUGCGACCAGAUUCAACUAGAUACAAAUAAGAUCAAUGGCUGCUUGAAAGGAAAACUCAUUUACCUCCUGGGAGACUCCACGCUGCGUCAGUGGAUCUACUACUUACCCAAAGUAGUAAAAACACUGAAAUUUUUUGAUCUACAUGAGACUGGAAUUUUCAAGAAACAUUUGCUUCUGGAUGCUGAAAGACAUACUCAAAUUCAAUGGAAAAAACAUGGCUAUCCUUUUGUCACUUAUAGUAUCUAUUCCGUGACAGAUGAAGGUUACAUCCCUCGGGAAAUUGACCGGCUAUCAGGGGAUAAAAACACAGCCAUUGUCAUUACCUUUGGCCAGCAUUUCAGACCUUUCCCCAUUGACGUUUUCAUUCGCAGAGCCAUCAGUGUUCAAAAAGCUAUUGAACGACUAUUCCUAAGAAGUCCAGACACUAAAGUGAUCAUUAAGACAGAAAAUAUCAGGGAGAUGCACUUAGAAACAGAGAGGUUUGGAGACUUCCAUGGUUACAUUCAGUAUCUUACCCUGAAUGACAUUUUCAAAGAUCUUAAUGUGGGUGUCAUUGAUGCCUGGGACAUGACCAUUGCAUAUGGCACCAAUAAUGUCCACCCACCUGAUGUUGUGAUUGGAAAUCAGAUUAACAUGUUCUUAAACUACAUUUGCUAA